UGGUAGUAUAUACUGUGAAAGCGCAACCAUUUCUAACAACCAACGAAUCAUCAUCGCUAACUUGGCCGAGUGGUUAAGGCGCUGUGUUUAGGUUCUUAUCAGAAACCAAACCCGCAGUGGGAAACCGCGGAGGUUCGAACCCUCCAGUUAGCAAACUAGCGAUUCACUUUUUGCUAUUUCCAUCAUCGCUUAAAACGUUUCAUAUUGUUUGAUUUGUUUGUUAUUAGCGAUCACCGAUGAUCAGGAUCAUUUGUACUGCUUGUCUCUAUAGGACCAUGCCUGAGGAUCAUGUCAUUGUCUGUGAUUCUCGAACAAUCUGCUCCUUGUUUUUCUCAAGUACAAUGACCUUCUUUUGUUUCCCAUUAUCUUUUAAGGGAUUGUUUUCCUUGACACAAUCGCCCUCAGGCCGAGUUCAGCUCCUCAUGCUGGGUAUGGCAUUGACUCUACUCAUAUACCCUCAGAAAAUAACUCCUUAGACCAACCGGUAAAACUCAU